AUGACACAUUCACUUAUUGAGGAUUCGGAUUUUGAUGAUGAAGAUGAUGAAAAUGAAGAGAACUAUCGGCGAUUACUGAAAAAACCUGGAUCAUUGCCACCAUGUGAUCCUUCGAUCUUACCGGCUUCGUCGUUCUCAGAUCGAUGUAGUUUAUGCUCGCGAGAAGAAGCGGAAAAUAUUUUGACAAACUCAAUGCGAGUCAGUCCGGGUAACUUUUUAGUGCGUCCAAGUGCUCAUUUGAAUCAUCCGUAUUCACUGAGUGUUCUGACAAAUGAAAAACAAAUUUAUCAUUUUCAAAUUGGUUACAUCGCGAACAAAUACGUUCUUGGUCCUCUUCAAGCAAUUGAUCUGUCCAAAUCAAAAAGAUUUUCUACGUUGAGUGAUUUUCUCCAAUGGUUUUCCAAGCGUCCUAUUCAAUUUCAAGAUGAUAAUCAGAAAGAUCAUUCGAUUUUAUUACAAUUAUAUCCUUUCUAUGAAACCACACGAUUUUAA